GCUACAGUCUUUGAUAGCGUCUCUCUCUCUGUCUAUGAUAAAACAGAGAUUCAGUAUUUUCCUACCUCAAGAAUACUGCACACACCUCGUAGAGCGUAGAAUAAAUUUCCACGCUUUGGAAAAAGGUGUGUGAAAGGCAGCCAAAAGGUGUUGAGAAUGUGUGAUUAAAUAGCGCGUACACUAUAGACCUAAUUUUCUUCUUAUCUUUGCGACAGUAUGUGUUUUGAUAAGAAAGUGUGCUGUACAGAUCGCAGGUUUGCCUACUGAUAGUGCCUUUAGAGUGAUUCAGUUGGAAAUUUGGCGAUGAUUUGACCAAGUGUAUACUCCUGGGGAGUUGUAAAGUGCCUAAAAUAAUAUAGGAUUUUUUUGGCAUGAAAGAUGGAACCAGCAGCUAUAAUGGAAUAUAAGAAAACCUCUUGCUACUUCUGCAGUGAAUGGCUCGAGAAUGGAAGUUUCAAGGAUCACGUUCGAAAUUGCGGUCAAGUGCUUGAGAAAUGCCCAAAUAACUGUUUAGCAUAUGUACAGCGCAAAAAUCUUGAAGCCCAUUUGAAAGAAUGCCCCAAAACGACAAAAAUGGAAAAUGGAACAAAUUUUGUGACGAUACAGAGCCUGAAUGAUGUUGAAAAUCGUCUGUUAGUGUUGGAGCAGGACAUUCAAACUUUUCGUUCUGCACUUAAUGAGGAAAUUCGGCAACGUUUGCAUCUUAUCACUGAUAUUGGAGGACUCAAGCGGAGGAAUGAAGUAACGGAUGAAUGGGUGGCUAAAGUUAGUGAUAUUCUUGCGGCCCUGAAGAAGUGCAUGAAUGAAGAGACUCAGAGCCGAUGUAUCGAUGUAGAGAAAUGCAAGGAAGACAUUAGUCGUUUGAUGUAUCAAUAUCAUGAUAUGGAUGAGUGGAGAAUGGAGAUGGGACUACGUCUAGAUGGUGUGCAAAAUGAUGUAAUCCAAGAGGACAAUUGGCGGGGACAUCUUGAACUGUUGGAGGCUCAAAACGUUGAGCAAGCCCGAAAGAUUGUGCAAUUGGAAGAUGAACUGGAGUCACUGAGGUUGGAAGUUAAGGAUGAUCAUACUGAACUUAAACAAGCAAAUUUUAUGACAAAUGAAAAAUUUGGCGCUAUUGAUCUAAUUUUGGAGGACCAACACAAACUCCUGAAUUCGGCUAAAAGCGAAAUGAAUAAAACACUGAACACUCUGAAGGCAGAGACUUCGUCUAGUGCGAACAAUAUUACGGAUCUUGCAGCCAAACACGCCAAAUUGGACUUUGAGUUGAAAAAUAUGAAACAUAUUGUCCAUGAGACGGAGGACAAGUGUGACAAAUUCGAAAAAGUUUCUGCAGACACAAAGACCGUGGCCAAUCAAACACGCCAGGAGAUGAAUGAUCUUGAGGUGCAUCUGACAUAUCAGAAGAAAUUGUUUGCAAUACACAACACUCGAGGGCAUCUUAUUUGGAAGAUAGAUGACUAUGCUGCUAAACUUACACAAGCCAAGGAGACACAAUCCGUUGCCUUGCGGAGUCCUAUCUUCUGUAACAAACAAUAUGGAUACACAAUGAGGCUUGAGGUAUAUCUGAAUGGAAUAGGCACUUGGAAAGGGCGAAAUAUAAUCGCGUGCCUUAGUAUUGUGCCUGGAGAGUACGAUACGCUCCUAUCGUGGCCAGUUCGAAUUGAGGCAGAAAUCACAUUGCGUGACCAACCCGAGACUCUUAGCGAAGCACAAAAUAUUACAAAGGUCCUUGUGGCGAAACGGAAGAAUGACAAAUAUGAAAGUAAUCAAUACAUCCAUAUCCCCCACAAAGUCCUCACGAAGUGUCACUACGUGAAGAACGAUGCAAUUUUCUUUGAGGUACGUAUUCAAAAGUGCAUAGUGGGUGAAAAAUAAAGGAAAAUAAACUGCUAAGAAUAAGAGUUCCAAAUUUUUGAUUUUUAUUUGUAUAUACAUUCUUGCUGAUGUAUCAUUCUGUGUGUACAUGAUUAAUUAGAGAAAUAUAAUUAUCUUUUACAUUUAAA